AUGGAUAUGGACUGGUCUGAAUCUAGGCAUGAGCGACGCGACGAGAGGGAUGAUGUGGACGACGAGGAAUUGGCGGUGAAUGGAGUUGAAAAAUCGAGUAAGCAUACUAGGAAGAAGAGCAGCAGAGGAGAGGAGAGGGAGAGGGAUCACAGGAGUAAAGACAGGGAACGAUCGAAGAAAACCAGCGAUAAUGAUGUUGCUAAAGAUAGGAGUAGGGAUAGUAAGGCGAAGGAUAAAGAAUAUGAUCGAGAGAAGUCUAGAGAGAAGGAUAAGGAUAGGAAAGAUCGAGGGAGGGAAAAGGAAAGGGAGAGAGAGAGAGAGAAGGAGAAGAGCAGGGACAGGGAGAAGGAAAAGGAAAGAGAAAGAGUGAAGGAGAAGGAGAAGCAUAAGGGUAGAGAGAAGGACAGGGAAAAUGAUAAAGAGAGGGACAGGGGAAGAGAGAAGACCAAGGAGAGAGAGAGAGAUAGGGAAGUGGAUCAAGAUAAAGAGAGGUCCAGAGAGAAGGACAGGGCAAGCAGAAAAAGCAAUGAGGAAGAUUAUGAUAGGAGCAGGGAUGACAAGGUUCAGACGGAUUAUGACGAUGAAGUGGACAGGGAUACUCGAAAGCAAGGGAAGGUUUCUUUUCGUGAUGAAGAUGAGCAAAGUGCUGAAGGUGCAUCAGGUGGAGCACACACAUCUGCCUUGGAACUCGAGCAACGCAUUUUGACGAUGAAGGAAGAAAGAACAAAGAAAAAGUCUGAUGCUGCUUCUGAUGUUUUAGCAUGGGUCGGUAGGAGUCGUAAGAUUGAGGAGAACAAGAAUGCUGCGAAGGAGAGAGCCAAGCAUCUCUCAAAGAUUUUUGAGGAGCAGGACAAUAUUGGUCAAGGAGAUAGUGAAGAUGAGGAAGCAGACCAGCAAAAUGCUCAUAAUCUAGCUGGAAUCAAGGUUCUUCAUGGGAUUGACAAGGUACUUGAAGGUGGAGCAGUUGUUUUGACACUCAAAGAUCAGAAUAUACUUGCAGAUGGUGACAUCAAUGAAGAGGUUGAUAUGCUCGAAAAUGUGGAAAUUGGAGAGCAGAAGCGACGGGAGGAGGCUUAUAAAGCUUCUAAGAAAAAGACAGGGAUCUAUGAUGACAAGUUCAACGACGAUCCUGCUUCAGAGAAGAAAAUGCUUCCCCAAUAUGAUGAUUCCACUGUAGAUGAGGGUGUAACUCUUGAUGAAAGGGGACGCUUCGCUGGUGAAGCAGAGAAAAAGCUGGAAGAGCUUCGCAGAAGGCUACAAGGUACUUCCACAAGCACUCGCUUAGAAGAUCUAAACUCAUCUGGAAAGUUCUCAUCAGAUUACUAUACUCAUGAAGAGAUGCUUCAGUUUAAAAAGCCAAAGAAAAAGAAAUCUUUGCGAAAGAAGGAUAAGCUAGAUAUAGAUGCCCUUGAAGCAGAAGCUGUGUCGGCAGGGUUGGGUAUUGGAGAUCUUGGUUCUAGGAAAGAUGGGAGAAGGCAGGCCAUUAGAGAGGAACAAGAGAGAUCUGAGGCUGAAAUGAGAAACAGCGCUUAUAAAUCAGCUUAUGCUAAAGCAGACGAGGCAUCAAAAUCACUGCGACUAGAGCAAACUCUUCAAACUAAAGUGGAGGAAGAGGAAAAUCUAGUAUUUGCAGAUGACAAUGAGGAUCUUUACAAGUCAUUAGAAAGAGCGAGGAAACUAGCUCUUAAAAAGCAAGAGGUGGAAGCAUCUGGUCCUCAAGCGAUUGCUCACCUUGCCACCACAACUUUGAGCAAUCAAAUUGCAGAUGAUCAAAACCCUGAAACUGGAGUGUCAAAAGAAAACAAACUUGUCUUCACUGAGAUGGAAGAGUUUGUCUCGGCUAUCCAGCUUGCUGAAGAGGCUCAUAUGCCUGACAAUGAAGAUGUUUUUAUGGAUGAAGAUGAACCACCAAGAGCUUCUGAUGAAGAACAAAUGGACGAGGCUGGUGGAUGGAUGGAAGUUCAAGAGAGCGGUAAAGAUGAAAACCCUGUCAAUGAGGAUAAGGAGGAGAUAGUUCCUGAUGACACCAUACACGAGGUUGCUGUUGGGAAAGGAUUAUCUGGUGCUCUGAAGUUACUCAAAGAGCGAGGUACACUUAAAGAAAGUAUUGAAUGGGGUGGCAGAAAUAUGGACAAGAAAAAGAGCAAGCUUGUUGGCAUUGUAGACAAUGAUGUUGAUACUAAUAAUGAUAAUAAGUUCAAGGAUAUCCGCAUUGAGAGGACAGAUGAAUUUGGGCGAAUUAUGACUCCAAAGGAAGCCUUUCGUAUGAUUUCUCAUAAAUUCCAUGGGAAGGGGCCUGGCAAAAUGAAGCUAGAAAAGCGAAUGAAACAAUACCACGAAGAAUUGAAAUUGAAGCAAAUGAAAAAUUCAGAUACACCAUCACUGUCUGUGGAGCGGAUGAGGGAAGCUCAAGCUCAAUUAAAGACGCCCUACCUUGUCCUCAGUGGUCAUGUUAAACCAGGACAAACCAGUGAUCCUAGAAGUGGCUUCGCAACUGUUGAGAAGGAUCUCCCAGGAGGCUUAACACCCAUGCUCGGUGAUAAAAAGGUCGAGCACUUCUUGGGAAUAAAGCGCAAGCCUGAGACUGGGAAUUCCGGUGCAUCAAAGAAGCCUAAAAUUUGA